CGCCUUUUACUCUCUGCAGAGGGACCACGUAGUUCAGUGUGCCGGCGACUACGGAGUGCGAUGGAGGCGCGGUGGAGAGUGCUGUUGAUAUCGCUGCUGGCGUGUAGCGCCGUCGCGCAAGACGUCGAGAGCGUCUACACGCAACCGCCGGAGGGACUGCUCAUCGAACCCAUCACCGUGUGCCCCUUCAACGACACGUGGCCGUGCGUGCCAAAGUGCUGUCACAUGGGCUACUCGCUGGCCAAAUCUUCGGAAGGCUGUCAGCCCUCGGAUCUCCCUUUCGACCCGAUAUUCGCCGGGGGAAUCGACGUCGGCCCCAACUGUCUCAACUGCAACCUCAUUGUGGGUGAACCUUGUCCGAACAAGUUCGCGCUGGACGUGGACGAGGACUACCGGCUGUUCGCGAACGGCACCCUGCAGCUGUGGGACGGCGAGCGCCUGGGCCCGGACGACUUCUGCGUCGACGCUUACUGGUCGCCGGAGCGCGCGCUCGCCGUGGCGCUGCCGCUCAUCUGCUUCAGCCCCGAGGACGGCGUGAGCGCGGGCGAGCACACCAUCCGCUACGUGCUGUACCCUAUCGGCCUGCUGGUGUCGGUGCCGUUCCUGGUGGCGACGGCGUGGGUGUACCUGUGGUUCCCGGAGCUGCGCGACCUGCACGGCAAGUCGCUGGCCAGCCACGCGCUCUGCCUGGCCGUCGCCUACGUCGCGCUGUCCAUUACGCAGCUGGCCGGAGACCGCAUAGUCACUGGCGCCUGCAUCGGUUUUGCGUUCCUGAUCCAGUUCUCGUUUCUGGCCAGUUUCAGUUGGCUCACCAUCCUCGCCUUAGACACCACGUGGCACGUGAUGAGCGUGAAGAACAGCCGGCAGUACCCGCGGGAGGACGCGGACCAGCGGCGCGUCUUCGUCGGCUACUCGGUGUUUGCGUGGUUCUUCCCGCUGCUGUGCCUAGUCAUCACGCUGCUCGCAGACAUCCGGCCCAGCGUGCCGCCGUCUUUCCUGAAGCCCAACCUCGGCACCAGCAGCUGCUGGUUCAGCAGUAAGGACGCAGCGCUGAACUAUUUCUAUGGACCAAUCGGCUUCCUGUUCAUGAUGAACAUCGGGAUGUUCGCGCUGAGCAUAUACAGGAUAUGCACGUACCCACCAGUCUUCAGGAACAGGUCGCCCACAGAGAGGGUGCGCAUGAUCCUGACGCUGUUCGUGUCGAUGGGCAUCAGCUGGACGAUGGAGCUGGUGUCGUGGGCGCUGGGCGGCCCCGUGUACGCGUGGGCGCUGCCGGACAUCAUAAACAUCCUGCAGGGUGUCAUCCUCUUCGUCAUCUUCGUGCUGGAGCCCAGCGUCAAGCAGAUCGUCUUCGCUGGCGCUGGCGGCGACGUCUCCAACGGGCGGCCGCUCAUGCCUCGCUCCUUAGACUCGUCGCGGCUGCAGCCCGUCUGAGGGGAAUCCCCUUGAGCAGCCGCCUACUCCACUCUCCCCUCUCCACGACAAGACGACCGUCGUGGUUGGCUGGUGGACUACCUGUUCCCCGCUCCAGCUGGAAGAGCUUCGUGUGGUUUCAUCUGCGCUGCUAGGAAAGCUACAUAGAUAGCUCGACCUACAAACUGUUACCUUACAAAAGUAUUCAUCUCGUGUAGUCAUAUGUAUCUUCAACAGACUGUUUCAAGGUGAUCAUAUUCAUACGGACAAACCGGUGUUCCAGUCUGUUUCGUGUUAUUUUGAAGUUCCAUUUCAAGGCGUAGGAAGUUAGACCUACUUUCGAACUAGUCUAGAAGUGUAUGUAUAUAAACAGAGCGGCCACAGGAACAAGCCAUUUAUGUUUCAAAUUUUUGACAGGGUUUUGCACUUCCUUCGGAAUAAGUGUAGUGGGCUUUAAGUUUGAGAAUCCUAAGUGCGUAGAACAGAUUACUGUCUUGUAGACAGUGCUAUUCACCUUGGGUUACGUUGCCAAAGAAGUAUUUCUCCAAUUAUUUGGAAGCUGUAUUUGCUAGUGACAACAAGAAAGCAUUUUUGAAAUAUUGUGCUAUGAAAUACACAGAUAUUUUCUGUCUCUCUCUCUCUGUGUGUGUGUGUGUGUGUGUGUGUGUGUGUGUGUGUGUGUGUGUGUGUGUGUGUGUCUGUCUAGGAUUUAUUAAUUUAUUUUUUAGUAAAUGUUCGUGUCUGAUGUAGAACAGUGUGGUGGUUGUUUCUGUGUACCUGUUGUUUCACGUUACUUCAACCGUGAGAAUACAAACGCCAGAAGCACGUAGCAUAAAACUGGUCUUGUCUCAGGAAGUCCUUCCUUAAAUGCACCGGUGGUACGAAAUCUAUGAUGGGUGCACCAGUUGCUGUGUGUCAACAGCAUAAAUACAAUUAUUGCUAGGUUUUCUCUUCAAUACAAAUCACACCCCAGUGAAGAGAGCAUUGUACGUUGCUUCGCUAGAGUUAAGUUACUUGUAAUGUACGUGUCUAAAACAGGUUUCCACGAUUUGUGAGCCAUAACAUCUUGACACUAUUCUCACACAUGACUGAGUAUAUACAUAUGUAAUUUAUAGAAAAUAAAUCAGAAUGCCAAAUCAGACUUCUCAUGAAGUUAAAAUGCAUUUGUAAAUUAUUUGUUUGUAUGUGUCUACAAGUUAGUGGUACGUAUCAUAUUAGUUUCUAAAAUUUACAAACAUUUAGUGAAACAAUUCCAAAAGUGAAUCAUAUUUCCUAAGCCACUAUCUACAUAUGCUACUGCAGGAGUUAGUUCCUUUUUGUAAAUAUUUUAUACAGUUAACUCAAAUUGGUUACAAUGUACAUUUUAUAAACAAAAUAUAUUCCAAAACACUUCCAAAACAAU